AUGAUGCUCCCAGUCGUGAGAGGACCGCGAUUUGGGCCAUUGGUUCGACAUGGUCGCUCACUUCAUACCACAUCGCGAUGUCUGUCAAGCGCCGAGGCUGCCCCGGCUGCCCGUCCAGCGCAUUAUGAUACCUCACAGCAACUCUCCGCCAUCGACGCCGUCAAGGAGAGACGGCUGAAAGCGGGAAAGCUCGUGGCUGGAGUUGCUGCUGCUUCAGAUAGUGACAUGUUCAAAGGACCGACUACCGGACUACCCAAGUCCAAGCGAUGGGAUAACCACUUGAGUCAUGAGAGUAGAGUGCGAGAACCAUGCACUCUCAAGCAAGCGGCUCGCUACAUGAAAAAACCUGGCCUUAUCUCACUGGGCGGUGGCCUGCCAUCCAGUGAAGUUUUCCCCAUCGCUGAACUCGGUUUCAAGGUCCCCGUCGCACCAAAGUUCUCCGAGAAAGAGACCGAAGAGUCGGGUCAGACUGUAACAAUCGGAAAAUAUGACGUGAGAGAUCGCGGAGGCACUUAUGACUUGUCCAUCGCUUGCAACUACGGCCAAGCCACGGGAUCACCACAGAUGAUGAGAUACUUGACUGAACACACCGAGAUUGUGUAUAACCCUCCCUAUGCAGACUGGAAAGUUUGCCAAACAAUCGGCAGCACUGGAGCAUUAGAAGAGGCGCUGCGCAUGUUCUGUGACAAGGAUCGUGGCGAUUCAAUACUCACUGAAGAUUUCAGCUUCUCGACUGCCCUGGAAACAGUUGGCCCUCUUGGUGUGAAGGCAUUCGGCGUGGCAAUCGACGAAGAGGGCAUCGUCCCCGAGGCUAUGGAUGAGCUCUUGUCAAACUGGGAUGCUAAAGAACGAGGAUCGAGGAAGCCACAUGUGUUGUAUACUGUUCCUUCAGGACAGAAUCCCACAGGCGCAACACAGGGAACCGAGAGACGAAAGGCCGUCUAUGCCGUGGCGCAAAAGCAUGAUCUAUACAUCAUCGAAGAUGAGCCAUACUACUUUCUCCAGAUGCAACCCUACACGGGUCGCGACCAACCAGAAGUACCACCACCAGAGACUGUCGAGGAGUUUGUAUCGUCUCUCAUUCCCUCACUUCUAAGCAUCGAUGUUGACGGACGAGUCAUGCGUAUGGACUCCUUCUCAAAGGUUCUCGUGCCAGGUUCUCGUCUUGGCUGGAUAACAGCGUCGGAACAAAUUGUUGAGAGGUAUAUUCGACACGCUGAAGUUGCAAGCCAGGGGCCCAGCGGCUUCUCCCAGGUCAUUCUAUACAAGUUGCUCGAUGAGACAUGGGGACACGAGGGUUACCUACGGUGGCUGAUGAAUUUGCGACUGGAGUAUACAAAGAAGCGCAAUGCUCUUCUGGCCGCCUGCGAAGAUCAUCUACCUAGUGAUCUUGCAACUUGGACCCCCCCUGUCGCUGGCAUGUUUCAUCCUGAAGCAGGAAAGCGAAGCAUCCUCGAUAUCGAAGAAGAGAUUUUCAACUCCUGCAUCGAGAAUGGUGUCCUUAUCGCCAGGGGCUCGUGGUUCUUGACUGAGAAGGACAAGGCACCACCGGGACUCUUCUUCAGAGCGACAUAUGCAUCUGCAACCCCUGAGAACAUGAACAAGGCCAUUGAAAGAUUCGGAAAGGCUGUAAGAGACAGCUUUAGUAGGAAAUAG